AUGCCAAACUUAAGGGGAUCACGCGAAGACAGAAGAAAGCUCCUCGCAGGAGUAUUGAACUCCGUACUUCUCUACGGAGCACCAGCAAACGACGUUGAAAGUAAUAAAGAGGUUACAACGACAUUUAGGAGAACACAGGGUAGGAUUGCCAAAAUAGUAAUUUGUGCAUACCGAACGGUGGCAUCCGAGGCAGCAACCAUACUGGCAGGGAUCAUCCCGGCUGAAAUCCUUGCGCAAAAAUACAAGAGAUUGUAUCUGCGCAUCAAGGAACUUCAGGAGCGCGGCGUCGUGCUUUCUACCAAGGCCAAAGAAGUCAUGAAGACCCAAGCGACUGAACACGCCAUCGCCACCUGGAGAGAAAGGAGCCAGAGAAGAGGCGGAUACGGAAGAAGAGUUAGAGAUGCGGUCGGACCCGAUUUGGAAGGAUAG